UAAAUCCUUCACACUCCCUCCAUUCGUAAACCCCUCUCCGCUCCGCCUCUCCCACCUCGUCUCCUGGGGUUUUCGCCGCGAUCUCGUCCCGAUCCGCGACCGCCAUCUGAGAUCUUGGGUCCGGCGGAAGCCAGCUGCUCCUGCCGUCAUGGCGCUCGUGUUGCACUCUGGCAGCGGCAACAAGAAUGCCUACAAGGCACUCAUCGCCGCGGAGUACUGUGGAAUCAACGUUGAGCUGGCCAAGAACUUUGAGAUGGGUGUCUCCAACAAAACCCCUGAGUUCAUCAAGAUGAAUCCCCUCGGGAAGGUUCCUGUCCUUGAGACUCCUGAUGGUGCUGUUUUUGAGAGCAAUGCUAUUGCACGCUAUGUUGCUCGCUCAAAGGGUGACAGCGUUCUUUAUGGCAGCUCUCUCAUCGACUACGCACAUGUUGAGCAAUGGAUGGACUUUGCUGCCACAGAGGUUGAUACCAAUCUCGCAAGGUGGUUGUACCCAAGGCUGGGUUAUAUGCCUUACAUUGCUCCGUCAGAGGAAGUUGCCAUUGCUGGAUUGAAGAGGGCGCUUGAUGCUUUGAACACCCACCUGGCCUCAAACACAUUCCUUGUUGGGCAUGCUGUCACUCUGGCCGAUAUCGUCAUGACAUGCAACCUCUACCAUGGUUUUGCACGCAUCUUGACCAAGGCUUUCACAUCUGAGUUCCCUCAUGUGGAGAGGUACUUCUGGACAAUGGUUAACCAGCCUAACUUCAAGAAGGUCAUUGGUGAGGUCAAGCAGGCAGAUGCUGUUCCUGCUGUUCAGAAGAAGGCGGCUGCUCCUGCUAAACCAAAGGAGGUCAAGAAAGAGGCUCCCAAGGAGGCCCCAAAGCCAGUGGUUGAGGCACUAGAGGAAGAGGCACCAAAGCCCAAGGCCAAAAAUCCCCUUGAUCUGCUGCCACCAAGCAAGAUGGUGCUUGAUGACUGGAAGAGGCUGUACUCAAACACAAAGAGCAACUUCCAUGAGGUUGCCAUUAAAGGUUUCUGGAACAUGUUUGACCCAGAGGGAUACUCUCUGUGGUUCUGUGAAUACAAGUACCAAGAAGAGAACACCGUGUCAUACGUGACCAUGAACAAGGUCGGCGGUUUCCUCCAGAGGAUGGACCUGUGCCGCAAGUAUGCUUUUGGCAAGAUGCUCGUGAUUGGUUCUGUGCCGCCCUUCAAGCUCAAGGGACUGUGGCUCUUCCGUGGCCAGGAGAUCCCCAAGUUCGUCAUGGAAGAGGUCUACGACAUGGAACUCUACACGUGGACCAAGGUCGACCUCUCCGAUGAGGCCCAGAAGGAGCGCGUCAACGCCAUGAUCGAGGACCUUGAGCCAUUCGAGGGGGAGGCCUUGCUCGAUGCCAAGUGCUUCAAGUAAGCGGACCAGUGCGGAUGAUUACAGCGGGGCUAAGAUCUAUGUAGGACAAGGAUUCAGUGUCUAAACAGUUGUCGUUUUUUUUGGAAAGAGUUUGCUUGUUACUUGAUGCAUAUUGACCUGGUGAACCAAUCAAUUUUUUGUGCUAUGUCAUGAGUCUCGUUAUGCUAUGAGGUUUAUGCA